UCGUACUUCCCCCAACACUGCCUGCCUGCCUGCGCAAGGAGCUGCGGAUACACCGAAUUUAGGUUAAAGUUAGGGGGAAAGAAGUGAGUGUAACGGGGUGUGUCGUGUAGUGCAGUGGGUGUGUCGUGCCUGCGUGGUCCCAGCAGCGCCUCGACAGUCUGAAGACUGACGCUCAGAGCACCGGCAGCCGGCGGCUCUACAGCCCAUCAGUCCGUCCACGACAGAGUAGAGAUGGUUCACAUGGGCAGAAUGCACCAGAAUCCUUGAAGAUAAACUGAAGACCUUGUACGAUACCUGCUCUCUUUUCUUUGUCGUACAUACACCUGGUGCCAUGGCUGGUCUAAAAGCUGAAGUAACACUGCUAAAGUGUACAUUUCUCUUUCUCUACUUGAGUGUCUGCUUGUGUCAGCGUGACUGCACCGGUGUGGACUGUCCCCAGCUGGACAACUGCAUCGAAGAAGUGCUGGAGAGUGGCAGCUGUUGCGCUUCAUGCUUGCAAAAAGGAUGCACAUGUGAGGGUUACCAAUACUAUGAUUGCAUCAAUGCUGGCUUCAAGAAUGGCAAGGUGACUGAGGGAGAGUCUUACUUUGUUGACUAUGGCAGCACAGAGUGCUCCUGCCCCACAGGAGGGGGCCCAAUCAGCUGCCACUUCUUUAGCUGUCCUGAAAUACCGCCCAACUGCAUCGAGGUUUUAGAGCCUGCCGACAGUUGCAUGCAGUGCGAACGUGUUGGUUGCAUCCACGACGAGCAAAAAUAUGAGGCCGGACACUCGUUCCACACUGACCCCUGCCGGGUCUGCCACUGCCCCAACGAAGGAGGGGAGCUAAUGUGCUACCCUGUGUCAGACUGUGACCCGCAGAAGGUCCUUAAACCAAUGUUACCUGCACCAACAGGGGAGGUCACAGCCAGCAGGCACAACAGUCACCUCUACAGGUUUGACCAACAAGGGAGCAUGGAUCAAUUCUCAAUACCCCAUGACCUUCUUCCUAAUGGGAAUCUUCCUCUCUUCAAAUCGUCGCCCUUGGAUAAGAAGGAGUCAGAAGAUUAUGAUUACAAUCCUACAGACUUUCCAGAGACCAACCCGCAAUCUCUUUUCUUGCCCACCCAGUCCACUUCCUCCAACAAGGUCAUCUCUGUGUCUCGAGGCUCUGACGGACCUGACAGAACCUCUGCUUUUCUGAGCUUCGACAGACAAAGCAAGCUGGAGCUGAGAGAGCGACACAUAGUUCAUGUCCACCCCGCAGACAGAGAAGAAGUGACAGAAAGUCCCCUGAGAGUAGAGCAGACGACUAUCAGGCCACUUAUGCACAAGGACGCCACUACCUCUUGGCAGCCCUCAAAGGGUCUAACAAGUGCUCAAAGUGUCUCUGUCAGUGACCUGACAACACAGACAGAUUUGGAGAAUCCAUUGCAUGCACUCAAAAGUUCAGUUAGUGUCAUAUUUCCACUAAGCCGGGGAUUGGGGAGUGAAAAACACCCAGAGUUUCCACAUAUGAGUCCAGAGAGUGCAGUUCAUAAUCAGAAAAGCUCUAAGACUCAUAACCAAAAUGCAUCAGAUGGUGUGACGCCCAGAGGUUCAAAGAGUCAGAUCAACAUUAGUCAUCCAGUGAGAGGUACGGACAGUCAAACCAAUCAGCAGAGACGAAAAGAUAAAGUGAACGUUCCACUGUACAUGCUGAAAAUCCCAGACAGCCUGAUCCAUCCCGAGGCAAUUUCAAAUGGUCAAGAAGAAUUACAGGGGACAAUCUCACCGUACAAAGAGGUAGAGGAGAAGGAAAAACUAGUAACAUUUCAUAGUGUCACUGGGCCUGAAGGAUGGGAUGUUCCCGACAAGAUAAAGUCAGCACAACAGGAGAUAAUCCAUGAGGAGUCAGAGAGCAGCGACCCAACUGGCCGCCAUGAAAAGACCACACCCGAGCCCAGCAACAGCUCCCCCAGGAGGCCCGAGUACCUGACAACCCCCAUGGUCCUUAAUAUUAACACUACCAACCCACCAGUAAGGGUCAAGCUCAAUAGCAGUGAGCCCAGCAGAAAGCCAUUUCAGAGGCUGUUUAACCUUCACAGUGAAGACCAGAAAGAGGAGAGGACAGACCCCCCUGUUUUGCUCGUCAAACCUGAUGGAGGUCCAGGUGUCUCUGCUGAAGACCUGCUGCAGAGCUGCUGUGCUGCUGGCCAGAAAUGGGCCGCAGAAAAGCACCACUGCAACCACAUGCUGGAUAAUGACGAGCACUCCAUAUGCAGUGUUGCAGGGAAGCAGUGCUGCUUCAGCUCUGUAAAGGAGAGCCAGUGUGAGUCAGGUGUGACUUCAGCCAGAGGAGGGGACACCUGUGAAGUGAAGGACGACCAGUGCACAGAUGAUUCAUACCAGGUGUGCUGCAGCUGCUGUGCCCUUGGUUUACGGGUGCGCAGUGAAGGACGGGGUUGCGAUGCCCACCAGUACCUGGGCUACCCCUGCGGUCACAUCUUCCUCACCUGCUGCGAGGACGAGGAAGGGCCCAGCCAGAUAUCGCUGAGGAGGAAGCAGAAGCCCAGAGCAACUUCUACGCCCAGGAAAGUCUCAGACAGCACGUUCGCCAAGGAGGCCUUCGCCAUCAGUGCCACAGGUGAAGCAGCCAACGCAGUGGAGGAGCAGAAAGAUGUAGAUGAGUGUCAGCUCUACCUGGGCCAACUGUGCCAGCACACGUGCACCAACACCUGGGGAUCGUACCGCUGUGGCUGCAACCAGGGCUACAUCCUGCAGCAGGACGGACAAUCCUGUGCACCAGUGAGUCCUGAUGAGGACAACAGAGUCCGAGAUUACAGUCCUGCUGAGAUCCCAACACAAACUACCUCCACCACCACUGCCCCAAAUACAUCCAGCGCAACCACCACCCGCCCUGUCCGCCGAGAUCCAUGUGCAGAAUAUGGUGUUUGCAGUCAACAGUGUACAGCGAUGGCAGGCCGGGCACGCUGCUCCUGCUUCCCAGGGUUCACGCUGAUGAUAGAUGGACGCGUGUGUGAAGAUGUGGAUGAGUGUGCAACCAACACCCACAGUUGUCGGCCCAGUGAGCACUGUGUGAACACAGUGGGAUCAUUUGUCUGCGAGCUGCAGGUCACUUGUCCUGCAGGCUACCAGCUGAGGAACAGUGUUUGCGAGGACAUUGAUGAAUGUGUUCUGCAAAGCCAUAACUGUGGUAUGGGCUUUGUGUGUGUGAACACACUGGGCUCUUUCCUGUGUAAUCCCAAACCCAAGUGCAUCACCGGCUUCUCACAGGACUCCCAUGGCAACUGUAUCGACAUAAAUGAGUGCAGCAGCCUGAGCGAGCUGUGCAGCUCAGGCUUUAACUGUAUCAACACAGUGGGCUCCUACACAUGCCAGCAGAAGAUCAUAACGUGCAGCCACGGCUACCACGUCAGCCCUGAUGGAGUCAAGUGUGUUGACAUUGAUGAGUGUCAGAUGGGGACACAUCGUUGUGGAGUGGGUCAGAUUUGUCACAACCUUCCUGGCAGCUACCGCUGUGACUGUCAGACAGGCUACCAGUAUGACACCCUCCGCAAAGUCUGCACUGAUGUAAAUGAGUGCUGGCGCUAUCCUGGCAGGCUGUGUGGCCAGACAUGUGAAAACACCCCAGGCUCCUACCACUGCUCAUGCACAGACGGCUUCUCCCUCGCAUUUGAUGGCAAGAACUGUGAGGAUGUAAACGAAUGUGACAAAAAACCCUGUAGCCAGGAGUGCGCCAACAUCUACAGCUCAUAUCAAUGCUACUGUCGCCAAGGCUACUACCUGAAAGACGACGGACACACAUGUGAAGAUAUCGACGAGUGCUCCCAGAGCAUUGGGAACCUUUGUACCUUCCAGUGUGUUAAUGUUGCUGGCAGCUACCGGUGUGCCUGUCCUCCUCAUGGAUACGUCAUUUCCGCCAAUGGACACACCUGCAGAGAUAUUGACGAAUGCACAACUGGUACUCACAAUUGUUCAUAUGGACAGAGCUGUUUUAACCUCCAGGGAGGCUUCAGGUGUUUCUCCUUCGACUGCCCUCACAACUACAAGAAGGUGUCAGACACACGCUGUGAGCGGAUCAGCUGUCCCAGUAACUCCUUAGACUGUCAGAACUCCCCAGUCCGCAUCACCUACUACCAACUCAGCUUCCAGACCAACAUCAUCAUUCCUGCCCAGAUCUUCCGAAUCGGACCAUCCCCCGCCUAUUCUGGUGACCACAUCGUCAUCAACAUCAUCAAAGGAAACGAGGAGGGCUACUUCAGUACCAGAAAGCUGAACAGCCACACGGGCGCUGUCUACCUGCAGCGAAAAGUCCGGGAGCCCAAAGACUUCCUGAUACAUGUGGAGAUGAAGCUGCUGCGGCAGGGGACCUUCACCUCGUUCCUCGCCAGGAUCUAUGUCGUAAUCACGUCCAGUGCUAUGUAACAGCAUGGAGAAACCUAAUAUGGGGAAAACCUUUUAUUUGUGCAGACUCUUUUUGUAAUGUCCCCCCCACAAUCAAUCAUUAUUCAAAUAUCUUGUAAAAUGUUGCCAAAGACAAAGAUCUUGCUUGUUUCUUCAGAUUUUCUGUGACAAUCAUAGAGAAACCUCGUAUCUGUACUUACAGUAUUUAACAUAUUUUUCAGUUUGACUAUCGCUAAUGUAAUUUAGCUUUUAUGCACCACCAUUGUUAGGGUCUACUGCUGCACACGUCACUGCACACUUCUGGGUCACAUAUUUCCACGUUCUCCAUGUGUGUCCACACAUUGGGCCUCUUUAGCCAGCACCCAAAUGAGUUAAUGUGGUCAGACAGAAGUAACAGAUCCUUCAAAUAGUACAUUUUGUUCAGCAUUUGUUGUAUUUUAAUUUUUUUAAGAUGUGAUCACAUGUUCAGUGUAAUUCAUACUAGAAAACAAACAAGUCAUGUAUGGUAAAUAUCAGCAUUGAAAAUAUUAAUGUAGCGUUAUUAUUGAUCA